AUGUCUCCCACACCCAUGAACCCAAACCCAACAGGAAAAACUCACUCACUCAACCCCCAUCCUCUCUUUCUCACUCAUCGCUCCUCACCCCACUCUAACCCCCUCGUAGUCAUCCCUCUUACACCACACCUUCUCUCCUCCCUGUCGACCCUGGAACCCUUCACAUUCAACUCCCCCUCGAAUCACUCUCUUCUCAAGACCCCUGCUCUCCCCCUGAUUCCGUCAACACUCCACAUCAUUCGCUCUCACUCUCUAUGCUCAAUUUCUCAACCUUCCUCCUUAUUCUUCCCUCCUCUUCUCCACCCCCCCCUCACCCCCCUACCUCCUCUCUUCUCUCGGCCCUCCUCCUCAGUCUCCCCUUACUCUCCCUCGUCACUUCCCGUCCCCCCCCACCUCGAACCCCACCCCCCUCCUCCUCCUUUCCUCAAACUUCUCCUUACUCCCUCAUCACCCCCCACCCCCUCUCGCCCCCCCUCUCUUCUCCUAUCUACUUCCCUCUCUUACUCCCAAGCCUCUCCUAGUUCAUCCACCACCCUCACCUCCCCCCCUCUCACUCGAAUUUACUUCUCGGACCCGUCCUCCCUCUCCUCCUCCCCCUCCCACCUCUUUUUGCAUUUCCUAUUCUCACGCCACUCUCUUCUCAACCUUCCUCUUCACCUCGCCUCACCAUCUCUCUCUCCCGCCUCGUGCCCUCCUGUCACGCUCACACUAUUUCUCAUCUCUCUCCUCUCACGGUCCCCACUCUUUCUCCUACUCUCCCGCUUACAUUCCCCUUUAUUUUUUUUCACCACUCUCACCUUCACUUCUGCUUUCCCCUCACCUCACAUUUCCCUUUUGUCCCCCACAGCCAAGACUCUCCUCUACCCCACCUCUCCACGCUCGUACUCCCUCUCCCGCUCUCCUCCUCACGCUCCAUCCUCUACCCCUCCUCUUCUCAAUCACCUCUCCUCUCCUCUCUCUUCACCACUUGAGGAGGAGCAGGCUCUUGCAGAUGAUAGACUUCAGUUCUUCCUGGUCUUCGGUGGAAGCACAAAGCGGCACCUGACCAGCACCGAGCGCGGCGGCCAUGACACCCUGCAGGCCCUCUGUCCCGCCCAUGACUGCUGUGAGGCGGUGCUGGUCACGCUCUGCUCCGUUAGCCCCGCCUCCGACCACGCCGUUGGUCAUGUGACUCCGGUGGCCGAGCAACGCUUCUGUUUUGUCCAGGACUUGGCUUUUGACAUGGCUCAGUUUCUUGUGAGCACUGCAGGGCGCUCGGACGGCCUGGAGGGGGCGCUGCUGUUGGACGAGUGUCACAUUCCUCUGAGGGAGUGUGAACGUUUGGAUGAAAGCCUGGCUCUGGCUCUUUACCACCUCGCUCUGCCCCCGGGAUGGAGCUUACUGGGCAUGAGACUGUCCACCGGCACAGUCAUGGACCCUCAGGAGACACUGCUGCACUUUUCGGCCCGACGUGGACUGUCUCAGGUGACUCAGUUCCUUCUACAACAGCCUGGAGCAAAAGAAGCUUUGGGAUUAACCAACAAACAAGGCUUUACUCCUGCAGCCGUCGCAGCCCAGAAAGGCCACCACUGCGUCCAUGAGCUCUUCAUCAGGGCUGAGAAGGACAUAGAGGCGUGCAGCCAGACUGAGCCUGUGCAGCUGGUCUCUGCAGACGCCCAGUUAGUUUGCCACCUCCCUCGGCUGAACACCCACACUCUCACUCUGAGCAUCGUACCAGGCCGUGACCCUCCAAACCUACAGCGGGGCGUGGACCAGCUGCAGCACUUGAUAUGUCAUCUCCGUGCCAAGGGAGUUUCUUCGCUCGAGCUGCCGUCUGAGUCUCUGCACACCGCGGCUGAAUGUUGUGAGGAUAUAGAGCCUGAGAUAACCUCGGUGGAGCAACAACACACUGCAGCAGCACCAGAGCGCCUGCAAAAAAGAAAACAAGAAGAGAGUGGGAAUGAAAACUGUGUUUCGAGGAACAGCCAAAGCAGUGCUGAGUGUGUACGUGAUGAGAAUGGGAACUCAGAAACAGACUGGAGCUCACGUGCAUGGACCCCAGAGGUAAGAAAAGAGGCCGAGGAACCUGCCCCGAGCCCUUCACCGAGCUGGGUGUGCCCUGCUUCACAUUCUGGGAGUGAUUACCAGAGAGCGGAGGAAGAGGGAAGGCAGUGGCCGGUCUGUUCCACUCUCAGUGUGUGUGAUAGCAGUGGAGCACAUGAGGAGACAGGGUGUGUGGGAACAGGGCCUGGAGCAGCUGGUGCCAAACAAGCAGAAGACACUGAUACUACAGACACUGGGAUCCAGGAAGCACAGGAGGCCUCAGAGGGGAGAGAGAGAGCUGGGCCUGAAACCGUGGGCUGUCCCGACCCAACACAUGGUGAGGACGAGGCAAAGUCCACUGAACAAAUAGCGUCUAGUGAACUCCCAGUGUCUGUCAUGGGUCAAUCACCUUCUACUGACUGCUCUGAUAUGUCGAAUACGUCUGACUGUGAAGUAAGCUGCAGCCACAAAGAAGAAGACAUCGUUGAAUCCAGUGUAAGAGAAGACAAGCAAGAAGACACCAAAGAGUUAACCAACUGUAGUAACGACUCUGGUGAUGUCAUCCCAGCGUGCGAUUGUGCUUUUCCAUCUUUCCUGAUAGAGGGCCUCCACCACGAAGGGGAACCUCCACCCCACACAAACAGCCUUGAACAAAACCAGGAAACAGCUGGAGUGGAUUAUGCACGAGAGCAGCAGUGGGGCUUGUCUCCAGAAACACAGGGUCAUUCUGGGAACUGUAGUGAGAUCUCCACGGCCGAGGAGUACGUUCAAUGCACAGAGGAUACGUCUGCGGAGGUUUCUCAUAACGUUAAAGACACUGGCUCUCCCAUUGAAGAACUAAACAACCUGGAAGAACCGUCUGGACUGACUUCACCUGCGGAUCAGCCGGAAAUGAUCCAUGUCAUAUCUAGCGACGAUGACAUUAGUUUUCAGUCUGUGGGAUCAACGACGGACAUUUUUGAUCCUACGGUCCAAGCCCAACCUGCCGAACUGUCUUCUACGGGAGUUGGGACUGGAACAUCAUUACUAGAGAAGUCUUGUGAGACAGAUUUACUCUCGGUGGAUGUAGAGCUGCCUUCAGAUUCUCCCAUUGUCAAUCCACGGUCCGUUCCCGCCUGCAGCCAAACUGGCUCUGCGCCCGGACGUCUACUUUCGCCCCAUUCCCUCACAAUGGAGCCUUUGAUUGUUGAGGCCAACGGAGGCGAACUGUCCUCUGUCCAGUUCAGAGAGGAACUGUCAGAAGAGUUGGAGAGCGGUGUCCCAACAGCGAUACAAGUGGGUGAUAGUGAAAGUGCGUGUAACCCCUCAGACAAAUGUGUGUUUACAGAGAAUUCACCAUCGGAGUUGGAACCCGCCUCUCGGGCUCGAAUCAAAUCUAAUUCUGACGUGAAGUCUUUGCAAAACUGUGAAACUACUACAAAUGAAAGCAACGCUAAUCUGGACAAUGAGGAAACGCCGCAUUCAGGGACCACUACUGCAUUAUUUACAGGUCAAGCCACUGUUUUCUCUGCUGAUCUGGACGAGAUGACGACGAGGACCUGCAGAGAGACCAGUGGAUCUCAGUCUGAAGGUCUUGUCUGGUCCCGGUCUUCAAGCUACACGGAUGAAGUCUCAAAAGCCCCGAACAGCCCAGAGCAAGUGGAGGCGGAUGACACUUCUGUGGAGCACACGUCUAUGAUCCACCGCGACACAGACGCGACCCGUGAGCCCUGCCACGCUCUGCCUUCAGAGUCCGUCCAGUCCUUCGUGUUACCGUCCCGGUCCGACAGCGUCAGCAGCUGCCCGUCCACAUAUCACAGAAACUCGGCCCACGACUUGGAAAGCUUUUUGACAGCGGAGCCCGGAUGUGACGGCCUCUUCAAACGGAUGGAUGAGCCUCUGACCGGAGCAGACAGCACCAGUGAGUUGUCAGUGUCCUGCUCCUCCACGGACGACAGCACCAGCCUCGGCCCGUCCAGCUCCAGCCCCGAGGAGAGCCUUGGCCUGGGCUGCCACUGGAACCCAGAGGAGGGGGUCAAAGCUGGGCCCGACACCCCCGACAGUGCUGCAGGUGAUGCUGAGGAGGAGGCCAAGGACAGAGUGACGGAGGUUCCACGCCGCUCCUGCCCUCGCUCCAUCUCCCCCCUCCGGCGCCACAGCUGGGGGCCGGGAAAGAACUGCACUGGAGACGUGGAAAUGAACCGCAGCUACAGCCUGGAGGGGCUCAGCGGAGUCCAAGAGGAGCUCAGAGGGUCUUCCUGCCCGAGCCCCCAGAUCCUGGAACCUUCAGAGAGGCCUCACGAUGAACGGGGCUCGCUGAUGUCUCUGACUGAGGAUCCGACCGAGAGGGUGCAGCUGCGGAGACUGGACAAACAAAAGUCACAGCGGUAUCGUCCAAUGAGAAACAGCUGCCCUCCCAUGACUCUCCCACUCACCAAGUCCGUCUCCAUGCUCGCCAUCAGCCACAGAGACCUCGACGGUUUGCGGCCCUUUUCCUGCACCUCGGCAUCUCUAGCCUACAGCAUAUCAGAGGAGGAGCCCGGCCCUCUGCGCACAGAUAUGGAAGAAAAGAAUUUGACAAAAGUCGGUCGGACCUUCAGCUACCUCAAAAGCAAAAUGUACAAAAAGACCCGGCAGUUCCGGGCGUCUCUACUCGAACAGUCCAGUGCGUCUCUACUGAACAAGUACCGUGCGUCCUCUAACUGCAUCAGUCCGGGGGGGCGGGGGGACGAGGGGCUGAACAGUUCGUGCGUCUCUAACUGGAACAGCAAGACCGAGUCCAGACCGGCAAGACCCGAGUCCAGACAACAAGACCCGAGUCCAGACAGGCAAGUCCCGAGUCCAGACAGGCAAGACCCGAGUCCAGACAGGCAAGUCCCGAGUCCAGACAGGCAAGACCCGAGUCCAGACAGGCAAGUCCCGAGUCCAGACCGGCAAGACCCGAGUCCAGACCGGCAAGACCCGAGUCCAGACCGGCAAGACCCGAUUCCAGACCGGCAAGUUCUGAGUCAAGACAGGCAAGUCCUGAGUCCAGACAGGGAAGACCCGAGUCCAGACAGGCAAGUCCCGAGUCCAGACAGGCAAGACCCGAGUCCAGACAGACAAGACCCGAGUCCAGACAGGCAAGACCCGAGUCCAGACAGGCAAGACCUGAGUCCAGACAGGCAAGACCGAGUCCAGACAGGCAAGACCGAGUCCAGACAGGCAAGACCGAGUCCAGACCGGCAAGACCGAGUCAGACCGGCAAGAUCCGAGUCCAGACCGGCAAGUCCCGAGUCCAGACAGGCAAGUCCCGAGUCCAGACGGCAAGACCCGAGUCCAGACCGGCAAGACCCGAGUCCAGACCGGCAAGACCCGAGUCCAGACCGGCAAGACCCGAGUCCAGACCGGCAAGACCCGAGUCCAGACCGGCAAGUUCUGAGUCAAGACAGGCAAGACCGAGUCCAGACCGCCAAGACCCGAGUCCAGACCGGCAAGACCCGAGUGAAGACAGGCAAGCAAGUCCCGAGUCCAGACAGGCAAGACCCGAGUCCAGACAGACAAGACCCGAGUCCAGACAGACAAGACCCGAGUCCAGACAGGCAAGACCCGAGUCCAGACAGGCAAGACCUGAGUCCAGACAGGCAAGACCGAGUCCAGACAGGCAAGACCGAGUCCAGACCGGCAAGACCGAGUCAGACCGGCAAGAUCCGAGUCCAGACCGGCAAGUCCCGAGUCCAGACAGGCAAGUCCCGAGUCCAGACGGCAAGUCCCGAGUCCAGACGGCAAGACCCGAGUCCAGACCGGCAAGACCCGAGUCCAGACCGGCAAGACCCGAGUCCAGACCGGCAAGUUCUGAGUCAAGACAGGCAAGACCGAGCAAGACCGAGUCCAGACAGGCAAGACCGAGUCCAGACCGGCAAGACCGAGUCAGACCGGCAAGAUCCGAGUCCAGACCGGCAAGUCCCGAGUCCAGACGGCAAGUCCCGAGUCCAGACGGCAAGACCCGAGUCCAGACCGGCAAGACCCGAGUCCAGACCGGCAAGACCCGAGUCCAGACCGGCAAGUUCUGAGUCAAGACAGGCAAGACCGAGUCCAGACCGGCAAGACCCGAGUCCAGACCGGCAAGACCCGAGUGAAGACAGGCAAGUUCUGAGUCCAGACAGGCAAGUUCUGAGUCCAGACAGGCAAGUCCCGAGUCCAGACAGGCAAGUCCCGAGUCCAGACCGGCAAGACCCGAGUCCAGACAGGCAAGUCCCGAGUCCAGACAGGCAAGACCCGAGUCCAGACAGACAAGACCCGAGUCCAGACAGGCAAGACCCGAGUCCAGACAGGCAAGACCUGAGUCCAGACAGGCAAGACCGAGUCCAGACAGGCAAGACCGAGUCCAGACCGGCAAGACCGAGUCCAGACCGGCAAGAUCCGAGUCCAGACCGGCAAGUCCCGAGUCCAGACAGGCAAGUCCCGAGUCCAGACGGCAAGACCCGAUUCCAGACCGGCAAGCAAGUUCUGAGUCCAGACCGGCAAGACCCGAGUCCAGUCCCGAGUCCAGACAGGCAAGACCCGAGUCCAGACAGGCAAGACCCGAGUCCAGACAGGCAAGACCCGAGUCCAGACAGGCAAGAUCCGAGUCCAGACAGGCAAGACCCGAGUCCAGACAGGCAAGACCCGAGUCCAGACAGGCAAGACCCGAGUCCAGACAGGCAAGACCCGAGUCCAGACAGGCAAGAUCCGAGUCCAGACAGGCAAGUUCUGAGUCCAGACAGGCAAGUUCUGAGUCCAGACAGGCAAGUUCUGAGUCCAGACAGGCAAGACCGAGUCCAGACAGGCAAGACCGAGUCCAGACAGGCAAGACCGAGUCCAGACAGGCAAGACCCGAGUCAAGACAGGCAAGACCCAAGUCCAGACAGGCAAGUUCUGAGUCCAGACAGGCAAGACCCGAGUCCAGUCCCGAGUCCAGACAGGCAAGACCCGAGUCCAGACAGGCAAGACCCGAGUCCAGACAGGCAAGACCCGAGUCCAGACAGGCAAGACCCGAGUCCAGACAGGCAAGACCCGAGUCCAGACAGGCAAGAUCCGAGUCCAGACAGGCAAGACCCGAGUCCAGACAGGCAAGACCCGAGUCCAGACAGGCAAGACCCGAGUCCAGACAGGCAAGAUCCGAGUCCAGACAGGCAAGACCCGAGUCCAGACAGGCAAGACCCGAGUCCAGACAGGCAAGACCCGAGUCCAGACAGGCAAGACCCGAGUCCAGACAGGCAAGACCCGAGUCCAGACAGGCAAGACCCGAGUCCAGACAGGCAAGUUCUGAGUCCAGACAGGCAAGUUCUGAGUCCAGACAGGCAAGACCGAGUCCAGACAGGCAAGACCGAGUCCAGACAGGCAAGACCCGAGUCAAGACAGGCAAGACCCAAGUCCAGACAGGCAAGUUCUGAGUCCAGACAGGCAAGACCCGAGUCCAGUCCCGAGUCCAGACAGGCAAGACCCGAGUCCAGACAGGCAAGACCCGAGUCCAGACAGGCAAGACCCGAGUCCAGACAGGCAAGACCCGAGUCCAGACAGGCAAGACCCGAGUCCAGACAGGCAAGAUCCGAGUCCAGACAGGCAAGACCCGAGUCCAGACAGGCAAGACCCGAGUCCAGACAGGCAAGACCCGAGUCCAGACAGGCAAGACCCGAGUCCAGACAGGCAAGUCCCGAGUCCAGACAGGCAAGACCCGAGUCCAGACAGGCAAGACCCGAGUCCAGACAGGCAAGUCCCGAGUCCAGACAGGCAAGACCCGAGUCCAGACAGGCAAGACCCGAGUCCAGACAGGCAAGAUCCGAGUCCAGACAGGCAAGACCCGAGUCCAGACAGGCAAGACCCGAGUCCAGACAGGCAAGACCCGAGUCCAGACAGGCAAGUCCCGAGUCCAGACAGGCAAGACCCGAGUCCAGACAGGCAAGACCCGAGUCCAGACAGGCAAGUCCCGAGUCCAGACAGGCAAGACCCGAGUCCAGACCGGCAAGACCCGAGUCCAGACAAGCAAGACCCGAGUCAGCCUGA